AUACAGUAUUCAUUACGUGCAGGUAAUCUCCGGUGAAUUCCUUUCCACAUCUUCUAUUUAACUCUUCUCUUCUCCCUCAAUCGUGAACAUUUUCUGCUUCUCAGAUCUCAUCACUUACCGCAAAAAUGGAGCGGUGCUUGAACUCCUUUUAUGAUUUACUGCUUUAGCUUUCGUUGAAUAUGCUAUUUUUAGGCCUCCUGCUCAUUUUACGUCCUUGGAAAGCCUUCUCAAAGACAAUAGAGUACAUACCUUAUACAAGUAAUGACAGAGGUGCUGACCAAACCAAUCUUUCUUGCUGCCAUGCCGCGAGGGCUUGGCAUAACGGAUUCACCAGCCCAGUCCGGUGCAUUUUCAGAGUACAUGCAGAAAAGGGCCGUUGCCGCUAGAUAUGGCCCUGGCCGUACAAUGUAUGCAUGAGAGCGACAGCAAGGCAAUAUGGUUUCCGAGAACCUUGGUAUGGAGGUGAUCAGGCAGGUACUUGACCAUCAACCAACAACAACAACCACCUACCAACCCCGAAUUCUCGCGAGGGGAGAGGCUAGUGCUGAACUCCAACGUCAAUUUGAGAAUGAGGAUUGGGGUGAUGAGGCCGGAACUGAUGAAGCUCAAGCUGCACCCGAACCCAGGAAGAUGCCUGAGGCCUACAUAGUUGGGGAGUACAAGUGUGCGUUUGAGAAUUCUUAUCAAGCAGAUGUAUACGUCCACCUGCUUGCUGCUGUUAUGCUCGGCGAGAAUGGAGAAGCAGAAAGCUCCGUGCCCGAAGGUGAGCCAGGUCAUCGACUCGACGAGGGAGGGUUGAGCUCAGCUUCCCAAUCUUCCGAAUCGGAAGCGCCUCACAGAGCUCAGGAGGUGACAGUACACGGCGCAGGAGAUAUUGCAUUGGACUGGCAAACUUUUCACGCUGCAGAGCGUACAGCUCAGGGCCAGACAAUCCGAAUGAGAGUUUACAGCGAACUCCAGAAUAUCGGCCUGAAGAUCUGCCCAAGCAAAGCUCGUCCCAAUGAACAGGAUCGAAGAAAAAUGACCCUAACAGCAGACUGGAUGACGCAGCGGCAGAGACGAUGA